AUGCCCUUCGAUCUUCUCACAAAGGCCUUUGCCAAGAAGCUGAACCUUUCCGAGUCUCCCCUUACUGAGGAGGAGCUCCUCGGCAAGCUCAACGCUGAUUUCCCUGCUCUUUCCGAGAUCCAGCAGGCCGAACAGAACCAGUGGAUCACCUUGUCCAAGCGAGUUGACGAGCCCACCACCAUCGACCAGCUCAAUGACGCUCUUAAAUCCAAGACCUACCUGAUCACCGACUCUGCUCAGGCUUCUCUCGCUGAUGCAGCCGUCUUCUCGGCCCUGUACGCCUCUCUCAAGGAGUGGAAGGAGGAUCAGGUCAAGGCACACCGACACAUUAUCCGAUGGGCUGACCUCAUCCAGAACAUUGGUCUGUUUGAUCUCGCUGCUGCCGACAAGAUCGUUGUCAACUACAACCUCGAGGUCCCCCGAGAGAUCAAGGAGAAACCCAAGAAGGACGACAAGAAGGAUGCAGGUAAGGACCCCAAGGCUGUCAAGGGUGGAAAGGACACUUCCAAGGACGCUAAGAAGGAGGCCCCCAAGGAUGAGGCCCCCAAGUUUAAGGGCAAGCCCGAUCCUGAGACCCUUGCUGCCCUUAAGGCCGCCAAGGAGAAGAAGAAGAAGGAGAAGAAGCCCCAGGCCCAGGCUCAGCCCGAGGCUGUUGUUCCCAACCCUGGUAUGAUUGAUUUCCGAGUUGGCCACAUCCAGAAGGCCAUCAAGCAUCCUGAUGCUGACUCUCUGUAUGUUUCUACCAUCGACAUGGGUGAUGCUGAGGGACCCCGAACUGUCUGCUCUGGUCUUGCCGGCAUCAUUCCUCUCGAGGACAUGCAGGACCGAUACGUUGUCUGUGUGGCCAACCUAAAGCCCGUUACCAUGCGAGGCAUCAAGUCUUGCGCCAUGGUUCUGUGUGCUUCCCGAGAGAAUGAAGACCCUCACUCCAAGGAGGUUGAGUUCGUCAACCCUCCCAAGGGCGCCAAGGCCGGAGAGAAGAUCUUCUUCGAGACCUACGACCAGACCCCCGAGAAGCAACUCAACCCCAAGAAGAAGAUCUGGGAGGCUUGCCAGGCUGGUUUUACCACCAACGAGAACAAGGAGGUUAUCUACAAGAAGGAGGGCGAGCCUGACCGAAAGCUCAUCGUCAAGGAUGGCCAGGUUCUGUCCUGCAACAACUUCGUCGGUGCAUGUGUCAGAUAA